AAGUGAACGUUGUUACUGUAUCCAACAUUGGUGCCAUCCUCAGAAAUAGACAACCUUCGGGUAUCACAGUUCAGUCCUAGCCUUUCUGUUUUGACCCUUGUACUCGAAUAAGCCCCCCCUCCCUAAACAAUCUCGGGCUCUUCUCCCGGCAAUUCAUCACAUUGUUCCUUUCCCUUGCUCGACCGGCAGCUACCAGACAUGCAUCAAACACUAAGACCGCUUGACUACGGAUGCACGGAUUGGCGGAUCAGUAGUCAAAGAGCCGCAGAUCUGUACAGUUCUGGUACCAGGCUCUGGAGGAAAGAGGAUCUCGAAGACAUAGAGCAACAAUUGCUCCAGUCCUAUGCGAUGGAAAGAUUUUCAGUCCGUCGAAUAGAUGGAAGCAUAAUCCAAAUCUACAAUUCGACGGCUCUUACUAUUGCUCAACUUUGUCGUGGCAAGGAACCGUUGCCAUUACUUGCUCAGGACCCAGAGUAUACGGAAGUCACAGAAGACAUACUAAUCAAGAAGGGAUUCAAAAUCGUUGGAACUCACGGUGCAGGAGGAUUCGCGGAAAUUGACGAGGACUCGAUCAUAAUAUCCCCAUUUGCUGCCGCGCCAGUCAAGCAAAUCAUCGCUGAUCUUGCUUGGCCUUUGCUCAUCAUCUCCACCGGUUUCGAAGUCUUCAAUAGCAAUGAGAAACCAUUGGCAGAUGCUGAAUCUCCGAGAACAAGGCAAAUGUGGCUUGAUUAUGAUGUCUAUAGCCUUCCCAGCCAUCCUGAUGACGUUGAGAUAUGCUCUGCUCUGAAAGGAUUGCAUUUGUAUUGUAGACGCCAACAACAUCUGGAUAUACGAGAAGCCUGAGUUCAUGAGGAAGGCACUACGGAGCCAAGGCAGAUUUCAAGAGCCCAGCAACCCAGCACCUGUAAGUCAGGGCGGGCUGAACCAUUUGACAGGUCGUAAUGGCUAGGAAUA